AUGAAGUCUUAAAUUUCAUCCCUUCUAAUUUUACAACUUAUCAUACCUUCUUAUUCUUCAUGUCUAAAUGCUGUCUCCUGUCAAAAUGAAUAAUAAUAUCAAUAUUAACAAUUCGCUGUCCUUUAAAUGAUGAAAUGCUAUUAUCAAAUGCACAAUAGAUCACUUCAUCAAAAUGUCGAAUCCUUGAGUGAUCAUGAUUGGUAUCUCUACUUUAAAUAUCUAGGAUGAUAUUUACUAUGUUUUUGAAUCAAUUCAAUCUACUCUGCAAUUAUCAUAACAUACUCAAUAAUAUCAAUUAAAUAACCAAUUCCAUUAAUAAUAUUAAAUAGCAAUAAAAAUAUGAUGAAUAACUCAUUGAAUUAUUAACUCAUAACUUUUAAAAAAUGAAUCAAUAUAGUAUCAAUUUCACUACAGCUAUUGAAGUAUUUUAAAAUACACUAAAAAAUGAGAAAGUAAAAAUUAAUCAAUUAAUUCUAGGAUAGAUUAGAUAAAUACAAUAAUAUUUCUAAUCAUCUCUCUAUUAUUUAAAAUCAAACACAAUUUAAUCAGACUACUUCAUUUAGUAAUCUAAACUAUUUAUUGCAAUUAACUAACAGUCUGUAAAUUAUAUCAGAUAAUCAAAUGCAGGAUUCUAUUAAGUUUUAUUUCAUUUCAUUAUUUGCCUUUUACUUAAUUACUAGAAACAAUCCUUAGAAGGAGAAUUAAAAGUUUAUCCUUGCAUAUGUAACUAUUUUCUUUCUAACUGAAUGCCUUUUAUCAUUAGUUUUGACAUAAUUGUUGCUUAAAUAUAUUAGGUUAGUAUUUUGUUGGUUUAUAUAGGUUUUUUGCAAUGAUGGCUAUACAAUAUUCAAUAGUUAAAUAAUUUUUAAAUAGUUCAUUAGGUGAAGACUAAAUAACACUUGUCAUCAAUUAAAUUAAGAAUAAAUAUAAAUUAGAUUGA